UCUCCAACCCCCAUAUAUCCUCUUAAACCGCCUCCUCCUCUCCAUCACUCUCCUGAAACCAUACCAUCGCGCUCCCGAACAAAGCACACCCGCCCCCUCUCGAUACCCGCGCCCUAUACCGCAGCCAUGUCCGAAUCCCUCACAACCAAGCAAGUCGCCGAGCACGCCUCGGUCGAAAACGGCCUGUACAUAAUAGUCGACGGCAGCGUGUAUAAGCUGGACACCUUUGUGGACGAGCACCCGGGCGGUGCGAAAAUCCUGAAGAGAGUAGGAGGCAAGGACGCCAGCAAGCAGUUUUGGAAGUACCACAGCGAGAACGUCAUGAAGAAGUGGGGGCCCAAGUUUAAGAUUGGGGAGGUCAAGGAGGAGGCGAAGUUGUAGAUACGAAUAAUACCAUCGAUGCAAUCUUUACAAUGUAACGUAAAGCGAAUUCGUCUGUCGGCAUGGGAACAUGAAUGCUUGCAUUAUCAAAGCAGUGCAUAGAGAUUACAACGCUGCGCAUGAUCUGAUGAGGCUGUAGACAUGGCUAAACCUCUUUGGUAGGAAUGCGCGAUGCUUAAACUGUGAGUACGGCAGAGGGAACAAUUCUUGGAUGCAAC